GCGCGCACGCCCAGAAAGAGGCUUCUCCAACCCGGCCCUUCCCUCCCUUUUGCCGCAGUCGUUGCCUCCUCUUGCCCUUUUUCCUCCUCCCCUUUCUCCUCCUCUGGCCGCUUAGUCUCACACCCGCCGGGCCGUUGCUCCCAAGACGUUGUUGAGUCCCCUGUGUCCUCUUCUGGGUGGAGGAACUGCAAUGUCUGGUGGAGAACAGAAACCAGAGAGGUACUAUGUGGGUGUGGACGUUGGAACAGGCAGUGUCCGCGCAGCUCUGGUGGACCAGAGUGGGGUCCUGUUGGCUUUUGCAGACCAGCCAAUUAAGAAGUGGGAGCCCCAGUUCAACCACCAUGAGCAGUCCUCUGAGGACAUCUGGGCUGCGUGCUGUGUUGUUACAAAGAAAGUUGUACAAGGGAUUGAUUUAAACCAAAUUCGAGGACUUGGGUUUGAUGCCACGUGUUCUCUGGUUGUUUUGGAUAAGCAGUUUCGCCCAUUACCGGUCAAUCAUGAAGAGGAUUCCCAUCGAAAUGUCAUCAUGUGGCUGGACCAUCGAGCAGUCAGUCAGGUCAAUAGGAUCAACGAGACCAAGCACGGCGUCCUCCAGUAUGUCGGCGGGGUGAUGUCUGUGGAAAUGCAGGCUCCGAAGCUUCUGUGGCUGAAAGAGAACUUGAGAGAGACUUGCUGGGAUAAGGCGGGACAUUUCUUUGAUCUCCCAGACUUCUUAUCAUGGAAGGCAACAGGUGUCACAGCACGGUCUCUCUGCUCCCUGGUGUGUAAGUGGACAUACUCAGCAGAGAGAGGCUGGGACGACAGUUUCUGGAAAAUGAUUGGUUUGGAAGACUUUGUUGCAGAUAAUUACAGCAAAAUAGGAAACCAAGUGCUACCUCCUGGAGCUUCUCUUGGAAAUGGGCUCACACCAGAGGCAGCAAGAGACCUUGGCCUUCUCCCUGGGAUUGCGGUUGCAGCUUCACUCAUUGAUGCCCAUGCGGGAGGACUAGGAGUGAUUGGGGCAGAUGUGAAAGGGCACGGCCUUGUCUGUGAGGGGCAGCCAGUGACGUCACGGCUGGCUGUCAUCUGUGGAACAUCUUCUUGUCACAUGGGGAUCAGCGAAGACCCGAUUUUUGUACCAGGCGUCUGGGGGCCGUAUUUCUCAGCCAUGGUACCUGGGUUCUGGCUGAAUGAAGGUGGUCAGAGUGUUACUGGAAAAUUGAUAGACCACAUGGUAGAAGGCCAUGCUGCUUUUCCAGAACUACAAGUAAAGGCCACAGCCAGAUGCCAGAGUGUAUAUGCAUAUCUGAACAGUCACCUGGAUCUGAUUAAGAAGGCUCAGCCUGUGGGUUUCCUUACUGUUGAUUUACAUGUUUGGCCAGAUUUCCAUGGCAACCGGUCUCCCUUAGCAGAUCUGACACUAAAGGGCAUGGUCACCGGAUUGAAACUGUCUCAGGACCUCGAUGAUCUUGCCAUUCUCUACCUGGCCACAAUUCAAGCCAUUGCUUUGGGGACUCGCUUCAUUAUAGAAGCCAUGGAGACAGCAGGGCACUCGAUCAGUACUCUUUUCCUGUGUGGAGGCCUCAGCAAGAAUCCCCUUUUUGUGCAAAUGCAUGCGGACAUUACUGGCAUGCCUGUGGUCCUGUCGCAAGAGGUGGAGUCUGUUCUUGUGGGUGCUGCUAUUCUGGGUGCCUGUGCCUCAGGGGAUUUCGCUUCUGUACAGGCAAUGGGCAGCUAUGGCAUGGUUCAGAGCACGGGAUGCCAUAAUGAAAAGGAUCAGUUCUUUCAACAAAGUCAGGCCGGAUGGGAAGGACAGGAAGGAGGAAAUCGUGUGAACCCAGAAGAGUGAUAUGCAUUGGAGAGGCAAUCCCGGGAUGAACACUUGGAGCUUGGGUUUGGAAUGGCUAAAGAACAUAUGCCAAGAAGAGAAGGCACACAUGUAGAUUGAGAAGGCCAUGACCAGCACUGCUUAAGCCUUACCACUUAGCCAUAGUUGAGGGACAUAGGACUUGAAGUAUAGAGAUUUAGGCUCAAGUCCUAGUCUCACUGCUACUGGCACUAUGUGAAGAAGGAGGGAAAAGAUAAGGAUUAUAUGCUGAUUGAGUUAUGCACUAUAUUGUGUCUUCCCAUCAAUAGCACUUAAAUAUUUCUGUGUGCCAGCACUUUCUAAUUUCUCUUCUAAUCGCUUAACAUAUAUUAACUAAUUUAAUCUUCAGAGAAACCCUAUUAGAUGGGGGGUGUUAUCUCCUUCGUAUAGCUGGGGAGACUGAGGCACAGAAAAGGUUAAGUAACACACCUAUGGUCGCACAGCUGGUAUGUAGAGAAACUACACUUUGAACCCAGGCAGUUUGGCCCCUGAGCCCAUGCUCUUACUUACUGUCAAAUUACCUCUCAGGAGAAACCAGGGUAAGUGUUACAAGCCCAGUUUUACAGAUGAUGAGACUCUGGGUCCAAGACCAUAAAGGAGUUGACUAAAGAUCAGACAACUAAGUAAAUUGUUAUGCGGGCAUUUGAACUAGGUCUUCCUAAUUCUGAUCCAGACAUUCUUUCUGUCAGAUCACACUGCCUCCUGUUGGUGUGAAAGCAUUUUAUAACCAUAAACCUCCUCCUGUUUAUUAACAUGUUGUUAUGAUUAAGGCUUCUCUGAUUCAGCAGGAAAACUAAGGAGGUAGAUCGGCCAAGCUCAUGGAUGGUAGUAAUAAAGAGCUUGCCUUCUAGACUGUGACUCCUUCCAGGAGAGCCACCAACCAGUUCCUAACCUCUGUUUCUUGCGAUUCCUACAGGGCCUGGCGUGGGGUAGAGAGUGACUCUUAACAAAUAUUUGUUGAACACCACUUGUUCCAGAUAGAAGCAUGUGAGGCUCUCCACUACCGCCAGCGGCAUAGCUGGCACACCCAUGCAUUAGCAACUUGCCCUCUGCCAAGUCCUGGGAUGGUGAUAGGAUGAUGGUUCUUUGUAAGCUUGUCACCUGCCCCUCUUCCAAAAUGAAUUUACCCAGAGAAGCAUUCUGAGGUUGAAUUUGUCCCAUACCACCCCUUCACCUACACAUUGACACUCCCCACUGUAUACCGUGGGGUCAGAGACCUCACACUACAAAGGCCCCUUGCCAAGCCUGGUAUUGCUUGCAGCCUGUCUGAGGCUUUCACUACUUUCCCCCAGACUCUCAGUCCCUGGCCUCCUGGCUCGUGGCCACUCCCAGUGCCCUUGGCUUUAGCUUCCUGACCCCCAUAUAACUGGCACCCAGGACCACUUCACCGGCUUCCCUCUCAGAACAAUUGACUUUUGCCCCUGGGGUACUUACACCUCUUUUGUUCAAGGUCACACCCCGGCCCAACACCCAGGAUCCACCCCGCCAGCCUGUGUGAGAGCCAUCCCCACUAGACUUUGAAAGGGACUGGACAGCGUGUUCAGCCACCUUCUCAAGGGCCUGUCCCUGGCAGCUUUACUGGUCCCACCUGUUCCUAACCUAGGAGGUGCCAAUCCAACAAGACGAGGCUAUUCUGGGAAGAAGCAGGAAGACCUCUUCACCCUAGUUGAGUCUUUCUUAACAAAGAAGUCACCAGAACUUUUUUUUUUUUAAAGUGUUUUAAAAUACUGCACAGGAUGCUACAGCAGUUAAGAGCAUGGCCUCUAGAAUCAGAAGGAUAGGAGUUAAAAAUCCAGUUCUGCCACUUGCUAGCCGUGUCAUCCUAGGGAAGUUACUUAACCUUUCUCAACCUCAGUUCCUCAUUUGUAAAAUGGAGCUAAAAAGAAAGCCUACAUUCCUAGGUAGUCAUGAGAAUUCUGUGAAAUGAUAUAUGUGAGCAUAUAUCAUAGCAUGUGACAAGCAGUAGGUGCUCAAUAAAUGAUAGUUAUUAUCAGCAUUAUAUUAAAUAUUAUUAAAGUAUCUUUUAAGACUUUCUGGAGAUAUUUCAUUCAGACAGUUAUUUAUUCAACAAACAUUUAUCAAGAGCCUGCGUUUCUCCAGAUCCAUGCCGAGUGCAAAUAUGGGAUGUAUAAUUAUGUUUAUAAAAAGAAGCGGUGCAUGUUAAUCACUUGUUAUAGGCCAGACACUGUUCUAGGCAUUUUAGGAAUAUUGUUUCAUUUAAUAUUGAUAAGGGCCUUGUAAGCUGGCAGAAAUCAUGAUUGUCAUUUUAGAGAUGAAAACACUGAGGUUCAGAGAGGUUAUCCCCAAAAAGACAUGGCCUGUGAUUGAGUGUGGCAUGCACCACCCUUAAAUAAACCAAAAUAUUUUAAGUUCAAGUCCCAACUAUUGAGAGAUCCACAAUUUACUCUCAUGUAAUACAAUCCCUUUAUAUAACUUUCUGGUUAAAGUCAAGGUCAGAGCAAAGUGGUUUGAUUUCAUCCUCAUUGGUAAAAAUCUCUGUAAGAGGUGAGUGUUCUCAUGCCUUUGUUAGCAUGCUAGCAAUGAGCCUUGGGUCUCUCCUCUGAUUACUGGGGAUUUCAUCAUCAUUCAGGAAACCUUCUCUCAUUAUGUGGGACUGAAAAUAGAGAUAGAAAAGGCAACAAAACUCAACCAAUGCAUGCUUUGCAAGUUAUUUUGUUUUUUAAGCAAGUCCAAGUCAUGAUCUUGCUUUCAGAUUCAAGCCUUAUGCCUGUAGCCAUUGAAAGGCAAGUAUGUCAAGGGGUGAAAAAAGGUUCUUCAGUUAGCUAAGGUUUUAUUCUGUUUCUACUGUGGUGGUUUGAAACUAAUUACAGACUCGGUUGUGCCUACAUGUGCAAAAUGAAAUGAGAGUUUGAGCCAAUUACUCUAAUAAUGAAGAGAGGAAAAUCCACUUUUCUUUCCAUUAUCUAAAGAUUUCAGGCUUAUGUGAGUUUUAUAUGUAUAUAUUAAAUUAUGUGAAAAAUUGGCCUCAAGCCUUCAUUUUACUUUGCCUGUCUAGAAACAGACUCAAAUUUUGUUUCAGAAAGGAGAUGACAUGCCUUAGGCAUCUUCCAGGAGACUAGAGGGUCUUGGUGUAACAAUUGCAGCCAAGAUUGAUUUUCUUAUUGUUAUGAUAGAAUACUUGUGCAUGCCUGGGGGAGGGAAGCAUAUUAUGAAAGAUGACUUAAAAAAAAAAAAAAAAAAAAAAGGCUGGAAUACCUAGAAUAAACUUUAAGAGGAAGUUUCCACUCAUAUUAUUCAUUCAUUUAUUUAGUCCUUUCCAGGACAUGCAAAGCCCUCCUGGCCUGGUGCUCACUCCCUUUCUAAUUUCAUCUCCUUCUGCCACUUGCCCAAACUGCCCCAGCAGGUCUGGCUUCGUUGCUCUCUUUCCAUUCACUGAGCACACUUCCAACUCAGGGCUUUCAAGCUUACAAUUCCCUCCGUGUGGAAUCAUCUUUCCAUUGAUUUUUUCAUUGUUCACUCCCUCUUUCCCUUAGAUCUCUGCUCAAAUGUCAUUUUAUCAGAGAGAUGCCAUUCCUAGUCACCCUAUACAAACUGCCUGCUCCACACCUACCAUUCUCUGUCCCCUUUGCCCUACUUGAUGUUUUUUCUCCCUAGUACUUACCACCAUCUGUGUGAUAUAUGUGCAUAAAGAUA